GCGGACUGAUAAAGUAGCAAACCGCACACCAGAGCGGAGUUCCAGCCUCCGCCUCCCUCCAUUCGCUUGAUCCUCUUAUCUCCAAGCGGGCGACUAAGAUGGAUAUUGUGAACCAGUUGGUCGCUACCGGGCAAUUCACCGUGGUCAAGCAGCCACUGGGGUUCAUAAAGAUCCUACAAUGGAUUUUUGCCAUUUUUGCAUUCGCCACAUGUGGGAGCUACUCUGGGAUGUUCAAAAUGAGCGUGGAGUGCAAGAACAGGACGGAGAGUGACCUCAACAUCGAAGUGGAGUUUCAGUACCCCUUCAGGCUCCACCAGGUGUACUUUGAUGCCCCGACAUGUAAGGGCAGAAAUCAAGAGAGGUUGUUCCUCACGGGCGACUACUCCUCCUCAGCGGAGUUCUUCGUCACCAUCGGUGUCUUCUCCUUCCUGUACUCCAUGGCGGCCCUCGCUGUGUAUUUCUUCUGCUUGGAGAAGUACCGCGAAAACAACAAGGGGGCUCAGAUUGAUUUCGGAGUGACCUGCGUGUUCACCUUCAUGUGGCUGGUCAGUGCGGCUGCUUGGGCCAAGGGGCUCUCAGAUGUGAAGACGGCCACCAACCCUGACCGCGUCAUCACCCUCAUCUCCGCCUGCGAGGAUAUUGAGAACCGCUGCAAAGAGAUCCACGACCCCGUGGUGUCCGGGCUCAACACCUCCGUCGUCUUCGGGUUCCUCAACCUGAUCAUCUGGGCGGGGAACCUGUGGUUCGUGUUCAAGGAGACGGGCUGGCUGGCGGCCUUCACCCACUACCCCCCACCGUCGCAGGAGAAGCAGCCGGCCCCCGAGUCCUUCGGCCAGCAGGGGGGCUACGCCCAGCAGGACCCCUACGCGGGGUCACAGGGCGGCUACCAGCCCGAGUACGGCCAGCAGGGCGGCUACGAGGGCGGGGACUACGGCCAGGACUACGGCCAGCAGGGGGCGCCCACGUCGUUCGCCAAUCAGAUGUGAGCGCUGCCGCGGGGCAGCCAAUGGGGGCCGAAGGAGGGUGACAGUACGAUUUGGGGAGUUUGAUGCCUGAACCCCACCUACAAUUAAACACUCCUCCUGUGUAUCUGUUUGUGCAUCCAUCUGUUGACAAAGAGAGG